AUAAAUAAUCCUUAUUAAUGUAUAAGCGCAGUAUUCUGAGGCGCCAGAUCCAAUAAGAUUUACCAGGGGUAGCUUCUGUAAUUUUUUUUCUUAUAUCUUUUCUUCUUUGUGUAGCUAAACCUCUAACUAAAAUAUUAUGCAAUUUCCGGAUCCACAAUGUGCCAAAUAUACGUAUAUAUAGUUGGAUCCAAUGCUUGUUCAGUCAGUAUUCAUUCUCUACUGGAAUUAAGACGUAUCGACAACACAGGUUCUUGCAAACAUGCAGUAUUCAUACUUAAUUUUCCUUGCUGUAGUUUGCACAGCACAGUCUGUUUUGUCAAUGUCAUUAAAGGAGAUCAGUGAUGCUUGUAAGAAAGAGUAUAACUUUGAUGGCGAUUUAGAUAAAAUUAAUUACGACGAUCCUGAAUUUCCAAAAGAAGCUAAGUGUACAUUGGCCUGUUCAUUUGAGAAAAAGGGUGUGAUGAAAGCAGAUGGAUCGUUCGAUAAGGAAAAGGAUAAAGAGGCUGUUGAAGAAAUAGUGAAAGAUGAAGUGCUAAAAGCAAAGUUGAUGGCAGCGAUUGAUGAAUGUGAUGUUACAGCGAAUGCAGAUAAAUGUGAAGCGGCUUACGAGUUUGUAAAAUGCAAAAAAGCGAAGAUGAAAGCAGAUGGAUCCUUCGAUAAAGAAAAGGAUAAAGAGGCUGUUGAAGAAAUAGUGAAAGAUGAAGUGCUAAAAGCAAAGUUGAUGGCAGCGAUUGAUGAAUGCGAUGUUACAGCGAAUGCAGAUAAAUGUGAAGCGGCUUACGAGUUUGUAAAAUGCAAAAAAGCGAAGGUAAGGCGGUCUUAA